ACAUCAGUUUCGGUGUAGUGCAAGAAUAGUAGUCAAGGUCUCCUCUCUUCUCAUUUCUUGUGCUACUACAAUUACAAUUUAUAUCCCUCUUUUCUAGCUUUAGGGUUCUCCAGCUCUAAUUUUCAUCUCAUUAAUGCUUUCUUUAUUCACUUUUUCUCUGUAAUAAAUUUUCUUAGAUUGUCUUAACUCUAUUUGCACCACUUUCUUUACAUGUACAUGUGUUUGUAUUUAUGAUUUGCUGUUUUCACUUGGGUUGACUUGUUGUUUGAUGAAUAUAUGAUCUUCAAUUUUGCAAUCUUGGUUGCAAAAAUCUGAUCUUUCUGUGUUUUUAUAGUCUUUUAUGUAUUCAUUUUGAUAAAGAUUUGAUCUUUUUUUAUAAAGUUAGUGGGUUUUGUUAUAUCUUUGAUUUCAAGAAUUUUGUGAGAGUUGAUAUUUGGCGUUGUUGGUGUGAUGAUUUGUUUUCAAUAUUUUUAGGAAUUUUCGUGGGUUUUAGAGUUACUUGAUUUCGGAGAUUAAAUGGAUAGUAAUGGGAAAGAUUAUGGUUGUGAUAAAAAUGAUGUUAAGAGUGAGGCGUUGUUGAGUGAUGUGGAGUCGAAAACUAGUUUACUUGAUGGAGAUAGGAAGGAGGAUGAAGACGAGACGACUACAUUGUUGGUUCCUCCUCGGAGAGGUGGGUUGUCAAGGAAGGUGGAGAAAUCACAAAGGAAAGUAAUGUGGAAUGAUAUUAAUGGGAAUAAGCUUGCUCAAGUGCUGGAAUAUCAACCAAGUGACGCAAGUGACUCCGAUGACGAGGAAUCAGAUUCUUGCCUCUGUAGAAUAAUGUAGAGCUUGUUGAAGAUCACCUGUCAGCAAAUAUAUAAGAGUAAAAGUUUGUGAGCUGUACUUUUAACUGUAAAAGUUUCUAUUGGUAGCGAGUGGUUGCUGUUUUGAGCAAGUUUUCCAUGUGCAACUUUGUCACCGGCAAGCCAGUUUGCCACGGAUCUUUAACGUAUGCUGAGGUUCCUGGUGGAAGAAGACCCGUGUUUUUAGGAGCAAAUACUCAUCAACAUGAUUAUAUCGAGAUAUAGCCUUUUAAAGUACAUUUACGAUGUGCAUCUAUGCUUAAUUAUUACAUCAGUGAUCUUUAAUAUGUACAAGUGUAACUCAUGUUCGUGUUAAAUUGUAUAUCGUAUUAUAGGAGAAAGUAUCUAUGUGAUUUUUGCUUCUCGUUAGAAUAAAAUUUCCUGAAAUGCUUAUCCUUGGUA